AUGCCUACCGAACCUGCCGUCUCAAAGUCGGGCAUCACGACGUCGGCAACGGGCGAACGUCAUAUCCCGGCUUCGGUGCGUGCCGACGGCUCGGUGCGCAAAGAGAUUCGCGUUCGUCCCGGCUACCGUCCCCCCGAGGAUGUCGAGCUCUACAAGAAUCGCACGGCUCAAGCAUGGAAGGACAGAGGCAAGGGCGGGGUGCCGGGCGCAGAAGCCAUCCAAUCGAAGCCACAAGGUCAGCUGAGCGGGGCUGCCAACAAAAACGCAAAGAGAAGGGAAGCCAGGAAGAAGGCUGCGGCUACCGGCGAUGCUGGAGACAACUCAGCCGAGCCUAAUGUCUCUACAAAAGACAGCGCCACUACUGCGGAAGCUGCCCCGCAGGAGCCGCCGAACCCGGAGGCGGAGAAGGAGAAGGAAGCCAAGAAACUCACAAAAAGAUUGCGCCAGGCUCGCGAGUUGAAAGACAAGAAAGAGAAGGGCGACGCUUUGCUGCCAGAGCAGUUCGAAAAGGUCAUUCGCAUCAAUGAGCUCAUUCGUCAACUCGACAACCUCGGGUUCGAUGCCAAUGGCGAGAAGAAAGUGACAAGUUGA